UAUUUGAAAGCAUAAUAACAGAAAGACCACAACAAACAACUUCGAGGAGUAAUUCUGUGUUUUCACGCGACCAAGGGCUCGGUGUGCGCCACCCGUAGCACUCUUGCGCACACUCUGCGCAUGUGGCGUCCCUGGAUACCGGCGACUGCGCUCUCGGCGCCGCUCCCGCGCGGACGGUGCUGCGAAGUGGCCGUUCAGCCGGUCUGCUCGCGCCGCACAACGCACGACGGCGACGACGACGAUGGUGGUGGUGGUGGUGUUGAAGAAAAGGCGAUGGAGUCGAGCCGGGUGGACUAAGUGCGCAACAUGAACGACAGGUACCACAAGGCGGCCCGGGACGGCUACCUGGACCUGCUGAAGGAGGCGACGAGGAAGGACCUGAACGCGCCGGAUGAGGAUGGCAUGACGCCGACGCUGUGGGCCGCUUAUCACGGCAACCUGGAGGCGCUGCGGCUCAUCGUGGGCAGGGGAGGAAACCCUGAUAAGUGCGACAUUUGGGGGAACACGCCGCUCCACCUGGCAGCCGCCAACGGUCACCUCAACUGCCUUUUCUUCCUGGUGUCUUUCGGUGCCAACAUAUGGUGCCUGGACAACGACUACCACACGCCGCUGGACAUGGCCGCCACCAAGAAUCACAUGGACUGCGUGCGCUACCUGGACUCCAUCGCCGCCAAGCAGACGGGCCUCAAUCCCAAGCUGGUGGGCAAGCUGAAGGAGCGCGCCUUCCGCGAGGGCGAGCGGCGGAUCAAGGAGUGCGUGAAGAUGCAGAAGAAGCACCACAAGCGCAUGGAGCGCAAGUUCCACAAGGAGGCGUUCGAGGCCUCCGCGUCCGAGGUGGUGAGCUUAUCCAGCUACACCGGCAGCACGGUUAGCCACAGGCUGCGCGGCUUCAACGCAGCCACCGUCAGUGUGCCAUACUCUCAGGCUACUCUCCAUGCCACAAAUCGAGGGAAGACAAAGAUCCAGAAGAAGCUGGAGAAGCGGAAACAAGGAGAUGGGACCUUUAAAAUCUACGAGGACGGAAGGAAGAGCGUGCGCUCUCUGUCCGGACUGCAGCUGGGCAACGACGUCAUGUUUGUCAAACAGGGGACCUACAACACCAACGCCAAGGACCGCGGCCGCCGCAACAUCCGCGACAUGUUCCCCAGAGACAACGACGAUGCCAUUUCACGUGCCAUGAGCGAGCCGGACCUCCACGGCCCCGACGUGGACUACUCCGAGAUCAGCACCGACUCGGGCCACGACUCCCUGUUCAACCGGCCCGGCCUGGGCACCAUGGUGUUUCGCAGGAACUACGUGAGCGGCGGCAUGUUCGACCUCGGGGGUGGGGACGAGGCCGGCGGGACCCGGUCGGGCGGCGGCGUGCGCCUGCGCAGCCGGCUGCAGCCGUACCCGGACCUGGACGACGACAGCAUCGGCAGCGCCCGCAGCCUGCAGGAGAGGAACGUGGAGGAGCUGCCCUGGGAGGAGGUGGAGCUGGGGCUGGACAACGACGACGAGCCCGACACCAGUCCCCUGGAGGUCUUCCUGGCCACGCAGGGCAUGGGCGAGUUCUUCUCCAUCUUCAAGCGGGAGAAGAUCGACCUGGAGGCGCUGCUUCUCUGCUCCGACCACGAUCUUAAAAGCAUUCACAUCCCUCUGGGGCCCAGGAAGAAGAUCUUAGAUGCCUGUAAGAAGCGCCUGGACACCAUGGAGGAGGCGGAGGGCAUCGAGGACACGGAGCUGUAAUUCCUCCCAUCGUGUCCAGUCCUGAAGGUCAGUGGAGGUCGUGGACUUGGACGCGAGCGGCAGAAAGGCCGUCGUCCGGCUGAAUACGUCAACCACGAAGAAGGGAAAUGCGAUGAUAACCUCUGGGCAGCUUGGGCGCCUCUGCCCCCCCGCCCGUGCGGUAAACCUCCCCCCCCCCCCCACCUCGUGUGCCUGCCUCGUUCGUGCCUGUGCGUCUGCCUAAAAUGUAUUAGUCAGAAAAAGGAAAAAAACCUCUAGGAACCUGUUUCCACGUCGUCCUUUUGGGAAACGCUUUCACCUCUUACACAUGUUUACAUGCAGAAAGCCGCGUGGCUCCACCGAGGCUCGCUGGCGAUGCAGGCCAACACUAUAGCAACACAGUUCAUAAUACGCAGUGUUUAUUUAGAUUUUGAAUGUUCAGCCCAUACACUACAGUAAGUGUUGUACACUAUGACAUUUGUAUCUUGAGUAGUUUUUUUUUAUUAAAUGAUGUUUAUCUGCACAGAA